CAAGUACACUCUAAAAUAGUGGGGGUAUGUGUCAUUUAUUUCCCUUUCUUCCCUUUACCAGGCGCGUUCGCAGCAGCAGCAGCGGCUUCCUCAUCUGCCAGCAAGGCCUGGAUAUCCUUCUCGGCGAGCCAGCCAUGGACAGCAUCAAUCACCUUACCCAGGGUGUCACCACCCCUGAGCACAUCUGGUAGAUUGUGGACGUCAAGCCCGGCCCUAUGGUCGGUACACCUGUCCUGGCCAUAGUUGUAGGUUCUGAUUUUAUCGCCCCGUGUAAGCUGCGCUGAUGACAACACGCUGCUUCUUAGUGCCCUAGCGGCCUCUUCUCUGGCCUCACGCCUUUUCUGUGCAAUUCUUGAUCGAAGUAACCUCCAGGCAUCGGCUCGAUUGGUGUGUUGUGAACGAGAAUCCUGCAUGCUGACGGUGAUGCCCGUGGGAAUGUGCGUCAACCGAAUAGCAGACUCUGUUUUGUUGACGUGCUGUCCUCCUGCUCCGCUGGCUCGCAUCUUUUCAGAUUUCACCUCGGCCGGGUCGAUGUAGAAGUCACUCUCCGGGUUGUCCCAGUCACCAUCAGAGGCUGUGGCGUUCUCAGCGAAAGACGGCAGCACCCAGACGGCUACAGCACUCGUAUGAGUCCUUCCACUCUUCUCCGUUGCCGGGACACGCUGAACCCGAUGCAUGCCCGCUUCACCACGGAAGUGGGCAUACGCUCCCUCCUCCAUCACCUCAAGUACAGCUUCCUGAAGGGCUGUCUCCCCAUCACCUCCCUUUUCGCCGGUACUGUCGGCGGCCAAGUACUGUACAACCUUUGUGCGGAAGCCUUUAUUGGCGCAAUACGCUUGGUACAUCUUGAAUACCGAGUCGGCAAAGAAGCGACCUUCGGUUCCUCCUGGCCCAGGGACGACUUCAAUGAGGCACGGCAUGUCGGCGAAGGGAUGCUUGGGAGUCAAAGCCACGGACAGAUUCCGACUCGACUCAGCCAGCUGCUCAUUGGUAGCCGCGAGGUCCUCUUGCGCCAUCUCCCGCAUUUCAGCAUCGUCUGACUUCAAGAGCCCCUCCAGCUCCCGGAGAGAAGCCUUGGCAUGCUCGAACUUCUUGAAGGCCUCUGCGAUCCUGUGGACUUCGCCUGCACGCUUUGCAAUCUUCUCGUCAAAGUUGUCAGCUAGUUGUGCCGUCAAUUGAUCGUGUUCGGCGGUAAGAAAUCUUGCGCGGUCGAGGAGAGCUGGGGGAAGCUUGAAGGAGUCUACUCGCGCUGUUAGCAGAAAACCAUAACGGCAAUCAACGUUACUUUACCUGUGCUAGCCCUCCGUAGAAACUGCUGCGAAAAGCCGAUUCGCCUGAGCGAUCGCACGCAGCUUCGACACACCCAUGGUGCCGCCAACAUUGUCGUAGUUUUAAGUUACAGGCAUCAGCGCAGAAUCUCUCAGGAACCGCCUGCCCAACCAGAGCUGCUGACACUGGACUCAGACGGGCCCUGCAGCUUCUCAUCCAAUCCUCGAAAUUUCCCGGCAGGCAACGCUCUUCUGCCGCUCUUCUCCGCCUUCUGGAAGUUGGUGGGUGGAGUCAUACACCCUUGUUCCAAGUGCCCCUCCCCCACCAUAAUGGGUGGUGAAUUGGACACGGCAUGAUAGGACGACUCAGCGGCGGUCCGGCAGGCGCAUUGUGAUCUCUUCUGACUUUUUGACUCACCUCUAUCGUUUUUCACCUACUUUUUACUUGUUUACCGGCUUCUUUCUUUUCUCAACACUGUUCGACAUCGAUACUAUGGCCGAAACCGCCAAUGCCGUGGCUCUCAAUGAGUCCCAAGUCCCCGAAGUCCCGGCCGAAGCCGCUGCCCAAGGGUCCAAGCAGACAGUUGAUCCCUGGAACGUUCAAGGGGAGGUCGGCGCAGACGGCCAGAUCAAGGCAAUCAACUACGACAAGCUGAUUGAGGAGUUUGGCACCAAGAAGAUUGACGAGGAGCUCCUCGCCAGGUUCGAGCGCGUAACGGGGAAGAAGCCACACCAUUUCCUCCGCAGAGGCAUCGUCUUUUCGCAUCGCGACUUCGAGCUUAUUCUCGACCGAUACGAGCGCAAUGAGCCAUUCUUUCUGUACACUGGACGUGGGCCCUCGAGCGACUCCAUCCAUGUUGGACACUGCACGCCCUUUAUGUUUACAAAAUGGCUUCAGGAUACCUUUGACGUUCCUCUUGUAAUCAUGUUGACGGACGACGAAAAGUACCUGUUCUCGGAGAAGCGCACAAUUGAGGAAGUUCAAGGGUACUGCGACAGCAAUAUUCGGGACAUUAUCAGCAUGGGCUUUGACCCAAACAAGACAUUCAUUUUCUCUGAUUACGACUACGUUGGCGGCGCAUUCUAUCGCCAAAUCACGCGGUUAGCGAAGCACAUUACGCUCAACCAAGCGCGUGCCAUUUUCGGCUUCAACGACUCCUCCAACAUUGGCAAGAUUCACUUUGGAAGUAUUCAGGGUGCUGCUGCCUUUGCCAACAGCUUCCCUCACAUUUUCGCGACCCGUGAUGUUGCCGCCAGACUUACCUACCAGGGGGUGCGGUUUGCGAAGCCGUCCCUGAUCCAUUCUUUGUUCUUGCCAGCCCUCCAGGGGCCAGGCACGAAGAUGUCUGCCUCGAUUGAUUCCAGCGCCAUCUUCAUGACCGACACUCCCAACCAAAUCAAGAACAAGGUUAACAAAUACGCCUUCAGUGGUGGCAAGGUGUCCGUCGAGGAGCACCGCGCAGUGGGAGGUGACACAGACGUAGACGUUGCCUACCAGUACCUCCGCUUCUUCCUCGAGGAUGACGAAGAACUUGAGAAGAUCCGGCUCGCCUACUCUAAGGGCGAGCUCCUCACGGGUGAGCUCAAGGCGCUUUGCAUCAAGGAGCUCCAGACUUUCGUCGCGGCCUUCCAGGAGAGGAGAUCCAAGGUCGACGAUGCAGCUGUCAAGCAAUUCACCGACAUCAGACCUCUCACCUGGAUGGGCAACCCCAAAGUACCCAAGGCCGAUAUUGUGGUACCAAAGCUAGAAGGUGCUGAGGGUGCCGAGGGCGGUGAUGGGAAACUCACAAAGAACCAAUUGAAGAAGCUGGAAAAGCAGAGACAGAUAGAGGCGAAGAAGGCCCAGAAGGCCAAGGAGAAGGAGGGUUCUGCCGCUGCUUAG